AUAAAAAUUUCGCCUGUGUGUUGUACACACUGGCCAUGCCCGACUUAAUUACGUAAGAUGCGUUCGGUGUACGACAUGUAUGCAGUCGUUGUGCUGAUUGUGUGUUUGUCCAGCGUAAACGGACAAUCCCACAUUGGUGCUUCAGACUCAGAGAUCCAUGACCCACAAUGGCGUGACCUGGUCAACCAGAAAAUUGGUCAACUGGAGCGUCAAAUGACCUUGAAAGAUGUAAUCAUCAACCAACUUGAAAGUAAGAUUCAAAACCAGAACGCUGAUAUGAUGCAAUUAAAACAGAAAAUGGCUUCCCUUGAACAGUUAGUGCUUCGCAAAGAUACUGCUGUAAGCAAUCUUGCAAAACAGAUAGCAGAUUUGGGGAAACGUGGAUCUGUGGACAAAAUUCGCGCUUUGGAUAUUUCACCUCUCGCCGGAAAUACGUCACGGAGCCUCGCACAAGUUUCCGGUAAUUUCACUACCUCGGUAAACAGCACGUCAUUCCUGGAUUACCAGAAUGAAGUCCUGAGUGAACCCAAUACAAAUUUGUCCGGUGCCGGGAACGAAAACCACUCCCAAUCCCCUACUGGACCUUAUCGAGUGGUGCAGACAUCGAGACAAAACCGGGUAUCUGCUGUUCCGUCUACUCAUCCUAUUGUCUUCCAUGCCUCCGUCUCCUCAACUGUAAACCACGGAACCCUAACUACAGUUGUAUUUGACCGAGAGAUUCUUGACCAGGGCAACGGAUAUAGUCCCACUGAAGGAAUCUACAUUGUGCCACAGUCGGGUACAUACGUAAUCACAUGGACAAUCCUUUGUGACCUUCACAGUGCUUUCCAGACAAAUUUGAUCGUAAACGGAAAAGUGAGAGGGUCUUCAUUUACGGAUGCAGAUGAAAUCAACGAUUGGCACCAAACAUCACAACUCGUUGCCUUAGAAUUAAGCCAGGGAGAUCGUGUAUUUAUUCAAGUUGGUAAUGUGUUCCGUGGAGGUGACGCGAAAAUAAAGAGUGACAAUACAUUAUCACACCCAACAUUUUCAGGUUGGAAGAUUUCUUAAUUAAACAAUAAAAAUUCAAACAAAACAUUGUAAACUGUCAAUAUUUUGAUAUGUUUAAAUCAUGGUACAUUCAGCAAACAAUAAGCAAAAUAGCAUCCAUUGGGUUUUACUUAUUUA